AUGUGCAUUCCACACGCAUUCACUGCAACUGAGGCGAAUUCGAUAAAGCUACUAAGCGCGUUAGACCAGUGCUUGCCACUCGGUAUCGGUCCCUUGGCUUCCUCCGUCCACUACGGUAGCUCUAAGCAGUCCUUUAUGGAGACAAAGGAAAAUUAUUACAACUGUAUUUAUAGGGUAGUCACAGAGUGUUCCAUAAGGUCGUGCCAGAAUCUCCGUGAGGGAGGCGAGAAGCGUCGAGUCAAAGAUGCUCGACUCGGAUUGGCUGGCAUUCUGAACAAUCAGGGCAUACUUUCGUUUGGUCCGUGUCCUGCACGGACGGCUGACUUCUGGACAAUCACCCUUUCGGUGCCUUUGCUGCCAUGCCACCUGAAGGAAGCACGAAGGCUGGGAUACUGCCAGGCUGCCCUAGCCUACACAGAAGCAAUCGAGAUGCAAAGGUUGGGUUGGAACCACGAACCUUCGCUCUCUAACCGCUGA